UUCACAAAUCUAUUAUCUAUGUACAUAUAAGUUGCAUUUUCUGCUUCAUCUUUUGUUUUGCCUAAUAAUGGGGGGUUUCUUUUUGCUUUCAAUAUUUUCACGUACAUUUAGCUUUGACAAUAAAGAACGAUUGCUUUUUUCGCUUUCUAAAAAUUUCCCGACAUUCUUUUUUCUCUGCACAUAUACUAUUUAUGUAUUGCUUCAACGUUUUUUUAUUUGUACUUCAAUAAUAUUUGUGCAUAGAGCUUCUCAAACCUCCUAUAUAACAAGCAUUUCAUUGCUUGUUUGUCAUUGCGUGAGAUAG